AUGUCAACUAAAAUUGCACUGCUAUUGAGAGUAAUUGAUACCUUACUCAGCAAGGUAGUCAAGGAUUUCUCAUCUUUGCUUGUUUCUCAAGGCACUCAGCUUGGACUUUUUUUAAAGAAAAUUUUGAAAGGUGACAUGGGUUGUCUCUCAAAGAGAGAGUUCAUAGAAACCAUCUCACUAUAUCUUAACCAAAGAAGUAGCUUGGCAUCAAAUGACUUCUCCAAAUUCUGCAAUUGUGGUGGAAAACGUGAUAGUAUUCGACAAAAUGCCAAUUAUUCUGCAAAGUAUGCUGAAGUAAUCAAUACUCAACAGAAACAACUCGAGGGUAUGAAGUACUUUUUUAAAGAAACAAAAUUGGAAGUCAAAAAAAUUCAAUCAGAGUGGGAAGAAGAAUUGAGUAGGCUGGAGGAUCAUAUCAAAAGCCUUGAAGUGGCCUCCACUUCCUACCACAAAGUUUUGGAGGAGAACCGCCUUCUUUACAAUGAAGUACAAGACCUUAAAGGAGCCAUCAGGGUGUAUUGUAGAGUGAGGCCAUUCUUACCAGGACAAUCAAACGGGCAGUCUACGGUGGACUAUAUUGGAGAAAAUGGAGAUAUGAUGAUCAUAAAUCCCCUUAAGCAUGGAAAAGAUGCUAGACGAGUAUUUUCAUUUGAUAAGGUUUUUGGAACAACUGUAACACAAGAACAAAUUUAUGCUGACACUCAGCCCUUGAUCAGAUCCGUUCUAGAUGGUUAUAAUGUAUGCAUCUUUGCAUACGGGCAGACUGGCUCCGGGAAAACAUACACAAUGAGUGGCCCUGAUCUUACAACAGAAGAGACAUGGGGUGUAAACUACAGGGCUUUGGGUGAUUUAUUUCAUAUAUCAAAGGAAAGGUCUGAUUCCAUAAAAUAUGAAGUUUUCGUUCAGAUGAUUGAAAUAUAUAAUGAACAAGUGAGAGAUUUGCUAGUCAGUGAUGGCUCUAACAGAAGAUUAGACAUACGAAACAAUUCUCAAAUGAAUGGCAUCAAUGUGCCUGAUGCAUUUUUGGUUCCGGUUACCUGUACUCGAGAUGUUCUAGACUUGAUGAGAAUUGGUCAGAAGAACCGAGCCGUGGGUGCUACAGCUCUAAAUGAGAGAAGCAGUCGUUCCCAUAGUGUUUUGACUGUUCAUGUUAGAGGAAGGGAGUUAGUUUCCAACUCCAUUCUAAGAGGUUGUCUCCAUCUUGUGGAUUUGGCUGGAAGUGAGAGGGUUGACAAAUCUGAGGCAGUGGGUGAGAGACUAAAGGAAGCGCAACAUAUAAAUAGAUCACUUUCUGCACUUGGGGAUGUUAUCUCUGCCUUGGCACAGAAGAGUCCACAUAUCCCUUAUAGAAAUAGCAAGCUCACACAAGUGUUACAAGAUUCUUUAGGAGGGCAUGCAAAAACUUUGAUGUUUGUUCAUAUAAAUCCUGAACUUAAUGCUUUUGGGGAGACAAUUAGCACACUCAAAUUUGCUGAGAGGGUUUCAUCCAUUGAACUUGGGGCUGCUCAAUCUAACAAAGAAACUGGUGAAAUCCGAGAACUAAAGGAAGAGAUAUCAAAUCUCAAAUUGGCAUUGGAGAGGAAGGAAGCAGAACUGGAUCAGUGGAAGGCUGGGAAUGCUAGAAACGUCAUUGAUUCUCAAAAACCAAGAGCUGUUUCACCUUUUCAAUUACCAAAAUAUGGUACCAGUGGCAACAUGAAGCAUGAAACUGGUCAAAGACUUAUGGAUGAUAGAAGCUUGGAGUCUAGAAGUUGCUCUUCAGGUAAGCAAAGAAGGUCAAGGUUUCCCUCAACACUAAUGGAGAAGGAUUCUAUGCCAAAAAUGUCUUUUCCUACUGAAGAAAAGUUAGUCAGCUCAGUGAAGGGAAGAUCACCAUCUCCUCCAGUGAGAAGAUCACAAUCCAAUGAUAGAGGGACAGUCAUUAAAAGCAAAGUAAAAACUGAAACAAUGGACAACCAACCAAUAUUAAAGCAUCCAUUUCCAGCUGCUAACAAAUCCCUUGUUACAAUGCCAGUGGUUGCAUCCACUGACACAAGAAUUUAUGUGAAUUCACAAGAGACUGUAAAGCAUGAAAACAUUUCAGAAACAAUCUUCAACCUCCAGAAGUUCAACUAUAAGAAAGUUCAUCAAGAACAUGAAGAGGAACAAUUCAAGCAAGCACUUAGUGCAGUAAGACAAGGUGGCAUCAGAAAAAGCAAGGUUGAGAGUAAGGCUAAGCCCAAGCAUAAUCAACUAUCACCCUUCAAGAUUCAAAAGCCUGAUUUGACCUCAUCAUUCAUUCCUGACAUGGAAUAUGCUGGUGAAAGUAAUGUGGAGUCACCUCCAAAGAAUGAUUACUCCGAGGCUGAAAAUGAUCUUAGAUUUAUGGAGUCUGCUGUCCAUGGUGCUUUAAGUCUCAAAAAGUUACGUCAGAACUUUGCCAGGAAUUUUCAGAACCCUGAAUCAAGGUAUUACUAACAGUAGGGUGUGUUUGGAUCAACUUAUGACAUACUUCAGCUUGACUUUAGGACGGACAUGAUGUUUGCAAUAUGUUGAAA